AGGACGACGAGGAAGAUCUCAUCAUCUCACACGAAUUGGAGGAUAGGGGACAGAGACGGACCGUGAGGUGUCUCACUCUAGCUCGAUCCCUCCCUCCCUCCCCUGGUCGCGGCCAUGCGAGAAGCUCUGGCCAUGGGGCCCUCCACGUCUCCCUCCGCCCUCCUCCCUCCCCCGACAUCCUCCUCCCGCCUUCCCCAGCUCCGCAGCUUCGUCGGCCUCCGGUGGUCCGCCCCCCGCAUACAGGUCAGGGAGCGAGCGGAUGCGGUCGUAGGGAUCGCCAAGGGCACGUCUGGAUGCAAUUUGAGAUUCGGAGUACUUGCUUCAGAUGUCAGUCAACCUCGUCAAAGGGCCACUGUGAUUAGAAAUGACCAUGCUCAGAAUGCUGACUUUCCACGAAAAUACUCAAAAAGGGAGAAGAAACCAUUUCCUAUACCAGUACUGGAGUUAAGGCGCCGAGCAAGGAUGAGGAUGAAGGCUGCAGAAGGGAAACCUAAACGGCCAAUGCCUCCUCCGAAAAAUGGAAUGCUUGUCUAUAGAUUAAUACCAGUUGCAUACAGUGUGUACAAUGCAAGAAUUUUGCUGAUCAACAACUUGAGGAGGCUUAUGAAAGCUGUACCAGUAAAAGGCUGCAAAUAUUGCAGUGAGAUACAUGUUGGACCCGCUGGACACCCUUUCCGAACGUGCCGAGGAAUGUUGUCAGAUCAACGUCGAGGAGAACAUGACUGGGGAAGUACUUCAGUGGAAGCUGUUUUCUUACCAGUUGAAGCCUACCAUCUAGAGGAUCGCCUAGGCAAUCGUAUCCCUCAUGAUCAGAGGUUUGCUGUACCCCGCAUUCCUGCUCUUGUGGAGCUUUGCAUCCAAGCUGGAGUUGACCUCCCUGAGUAUCCCACAAAGCGUCGGAGAAAACCAAUUAUUAAAAUUGGAAGGAAAGAGUUUGUUGAUGCAGAUGAAGAUGACCUACCAGAACCGGAGCCUGACAGAUUUAAGCAGCCACUUCUUCAAGAACUACCUUACGAUGAGAUUAUUGCUCCAUCUAGCCCAGAAGAGACAGCGGUUCUUGCUGAGGAAACACUGGAAGCAUGGGAGACUGUCAGGGAUGGCGCCUUGAAGCUUCUGAAGAGCUAUGCGGUGAGGGUUUGUGGAUACUGCCCUGAGGUGCAUAUCGGCCCAACUGGCCACAAAGCACGGAACUGUGGAGCCUUUAAGCACCAGCAGAGGAAUGGACAACAUGGAUGGCAGGCGGCAGUGCUUGAUGACCUAAUACCUCCAAGGUAUGUGUGGCACAUGCCAGAAUCUGGGGAGGAACUGCAGAGGGAACUGAAGAACUUCUAUGGUCAGGCACCAGCUGUUGUUGAGAUAUGCAUUCAGGGUGGUGCGAAAGUGCCGGAAAAGUACAAAGCCACAAUGAGACUAGACGUAGGAAUUCCUGCUAGUUUGAGGGAGGCCGAAAUGGUCGUCUGAUUCUCCAAAUGAAAUUAAGGCUGUUUUAACUUAAAUUAUCUAUGAGCUGUUAGUUGCAUCGAAAACGUAGUAUCAUCCCAAGCUCCUUUCUGGCAUACCAUAGGUUCAUUGUAUUGCUUGAUGUAUAUAUUAUCUCGGGAACUUUGAUAAUUAGAUGAGAGAAUUCAUCAGGUUUCCUUUGUUA